GUUGGAGAAGAAGCAACAACAUCUAAUUUCCAAGGAACUGGUAGAGGUGGCAACAGUGAAGAAAUUUUAUAUUCCUUUAAAAUAUUUUGAAGUUUAUUCACAUGGGAUCGAAGGAAAAUUAUUUCUGCUCUGUAAGCUUUGUGUUGACAAGUAUGCUAUUGAAGAUGAGUGA